GGAGUGCGGAAGAAAGAUCUGGAAGGUUCUGGAGGUGGAGCCGCGUCUAUUCAAGGGACUGGCUGUCACGGAGCCUCAGCAGAGUCUCUACGAGCGCCCUAUACAGGUGUCUGGUUGCACCCCUAACUGGAAAGGUCAACAAGAAGCAUGGGCAAAGAUUACUACAAGACCCUUGGGUUGUCCAAGGGGGCGUCCGAGGAAGACAUCAAGAAGGCGUACAGGAAACAAGCCCUGAAAUAUCACCCGGAUAAAAACAAGGAUCCUGGGGCGGAGGAGCGCUUCAAAGAGAUUGCUGAGGCUUACGAUGUGCUGAGCGACCCCAAGAAGAGGGAGAUAUUCGACAAGUACGGCGAGGAGGGUCUUAAAGGAGCCCCAGGUGGAGGAAGCAGUGGUCCCAAUGGUCCUUCCUUCAGCUACACCUUCCAUGGAGAUCCUCAUGCCAUGUUUUCAGAGUUCUUUGGGGGUCGUAACCCGUUUGAUUCUUUCUUUGUAAGAGGAGAAGAGGACAUGGAGACAGACGACCCCUUCUCGGGAUUUGGCAUGGGCGGUUUCGGUCAUUUAGGUGGCUUCCCCAGGGCUGCCCCAGGACGUCGUGAGCCACUCCAGAAGAAGCAAGACCCUCCAGUGAUCAGAGAGCUACCGGUUUCUCUAGAAGAAGUCUUUACUGGCUGCACCAAGAAGAUGAAGAUUUCUCACAAACGACUGGGCCCAGACGGGAGGAGUAUGCACACAGAGGACAAGAUCCUCACCAUCCAAGUGAAGAGGGGUUGGAAGGAGGGCACCAAGAUCACAUUCCCCAAGGAGGGUGAUGAGACGCCUAGAAACAUCCCGGCAGAUAUUGUGUUUGUGCUGAAAGACAAACCUCAUUCUGUGUACAAGAGAGAUUCAUCUAAUGUGAUCUACACAGCGAAGAUCAGCCUACGAGAGGCUCUCUGCGGCUGCUCCAUCAACAUCCCCACCCUCGACAGUCGCACCAUUCCACUCGUCAGCAAAGACAUCAUCAACCCAGGGACCAAGCGCAGGUUUCACGGAGAAGGACUUCCAUUCCCCAAGGCCCCCGAACAGCGGGGGGAUCUCAUAGUGGAGUUUGAUAUACGCUUUCCCGAACGUCUGCCCACCUCUUCUCGGGAAACUCUAGAACGGGUCCUGCCUGCAUAAUAGUGACGCUGACUCCCACGUACAAUGACACAGACCAAAGUGGUACUGACGGGCGUGACCCAACAAGCCUGCAGUGCCUGAGAAGCUGGAGAGGAAUUCUGCUUAUGAGCAAGGCACCCAAUGACCCGAAAUACAUGUUUCCUUUUUUUUUUUUUUUUUUUUAUUCUUUUCUUCACACCAAUAAGUCUUGAACCAGCUACCAUUGAACGUCUUAAAGGUGAUGAUGAGUUUAAGAGCCCGCUUAUUAUGAUUCCGCUUAGUAGUUAGAAGCCUCCCAUAGUCGUGGCGGUUGUAUAUUCAUGCAUUCCUUAUUACUGUUGUGUUUAGAAAUCAAUCCGCUGUCUGUCUGCAUUUGUAAGUCCAGAGAGGAAGCUGCUGUCCCAUGUCAGCAGCUACAGUCCUAUGUCAAGUCUGAUGGCAGAUUCCAUUAGUUUACCAGUCAUCUCAUUCAGUAUCAUCUCCCUUUUAUUUCCUGUGAUAUUUCUGUGCUGACAGGUGCAGCAUCACUGUGCCCCAUGGUGUACUGCCCAUGCCACACAGUGCCCAAUACUAGGACAGAGAUCAGCAUGAUUAGCAGUUACCGUCUUUCCUGGAAGGGGCCAGUUCAGAAACUUCUUCUCAUCUCAUGAACAAUCGGUGUGCCCUUGCGCAUGUAAGUCUACUUUCACACUGGCGUUUUGACUUUCCGGUUGUGGGAUCCGUUCAGAAGUGGUCCAAAACGGAUCAGUUUUGCACGAAUGCAUUCUGAAUGGAAAAGGAUCUGCUCA